CCUUCCCUAACCCUAACCUGCCUUUGCACUAAAUUGCAUCAAAUCUUGUACCAUGGCCCUAUAAACGGGAUGAAAACAGGGUUACAGAGCUGCUUAGAGGAAGCCAUGCUUGCUGAGUGUUUGCACAAUGUUUGAAGAGUCAGAGUAUUUGCAAAGCUUUAAAACUUGGCACCAGCUGACAUUCCGUAAUGACAAUUGUUGACAUGCCUCAGGCCUAACGAGCUGAUUAAGGUCUGAGACCUUGUAAAAAGAAUCUGAGACUUCAGAACUCUUAUGGUUUUUUAAUUUUUGUUUAUUUAUGACAUAAAAGAGAUGAGAACAAGAAUGUCCAAAGAGGUGAAAAUCACUUCAAGUCAGGCCAUGUACUGGAGUGUAGUGUUUCUGAGGGCCAGCUUGUGGGUUCUGUCAGGGCCAGUAUGAAAGACAAGUCAUAAAGGGUUGUGGUUUACACUGGUGACUCUGGAGUCAUCAACUCUACCUCCUGUGAGUGUCCCCAUGGGGAGUACAAGUGCAGCCAACCUGCUGCUUUGAUGAUCUGGGCCAUCCACAACCUCAGCUCCACAGAUGUUGAGUGCCAGUGGAAAAAGCCCAAGGUGCCAUCAGACAAGGUUAAGGCAGUGGAGGAGUGUGGGAGUACAAGCCUCUGACCCGUGCACCAACCCCAGUGGCUGCUCAGUCAAUUCCGGUUUACUGGGAUUUCCUGGAUGCUCACUCCCGAGCCUAAAACCCAGCAGGGACCUCUGCUUCAACUCACCACUGACUGUAUCAUUGCCCCCCACAAACACCUGGGCAGUCAUGGCAUCCUUGCAGCUAUGAGGAUGUCAGUGAGGCAGAUAAUGGCCAUCCAGACAUUGACAGUGGGGCAGAAGGACAAUCAUCUCUGGCAUGUUCUGAGGAAAGGUCGGCCGACGGCAAGCCACUUUGGAAGUGUGCUGAUGGUGAAGCGCCCCCUCAUUUCCAAGCUCUGUGGGAAUCAGGACCUGCAAGGAGUACUGGCUCUACAGUGGGAUAUAGCUAACGAGCAGGAAUGGAUCAAUGCAUUUGAAGAUGCCACCGGCAUGAAGGUCAGAGGGUCUGGUUUGUGGCUGGCUGACUCUUGGGUCCUGGGUGCCUCCCCAGAUGGUCUGGCUGGAGAGACAGACAUCAUUGAGGUGAAGUACCCAUUCCAGUGGGGGGACCAUACUAUUGAGGAAGCAGUGCAGGAUAAGUCCUUGUACCUUCAUCAGAAGGAAGGUGGCGCCUUCCACCAGAAGGAUGAUCACCACUACUGGCACCAAGAACAGGGGCAGCUUCACAUGUCUGGGAAGACCACCUACUGUUUCACCAUCUGGACACCCAAGCAGUGUGUGAUCAUACCCAUCUCCCGUGAUGACUUCUGGCAGCCUAAUGUGGGGAUCUUGGAGUCCUUCUACAAGGAUCACAUGCCUCCACAGCUUGUGUAGAACUGUCAAUGGACUAAAACAUUGCUUGUAAAUCGUUAAUAAUAGUUAAUCAUUUCUGAGAUCAGUUCACCUUUUUACAUCCUUGAGGAUAACUACAUUGUUCAAUUUAUUUGUUCUACAGCUGUUCUAAUGGUUAUAUUUGUUACUUUAUUUAAUUUUUUUAUUUAUUUUUUGGGAGGCAAUCGAUCAGAGUUCUCGCCAUGCCACCUGUCAGUGCCUGCUAACAGGGAAGCCAAUGAUCCAAAACAUUAAAGGAAAUCAAAACAAUGGUGAUCAUUUCAUUAAGGUAUAAAAAGGAAUGCAAUUUGUUACUGUGUAACUCUUUAUUUUACAGUCUGCUGAAAGCCAAUCACAUAACACCACACCCUCACACGUGCGUUAUUUGAAAUGUAAUGCAAUCUGAAAACAAUGAAAAGAACUCCUGCACAAUGUCUCGCUUACUGCUGAAAUUUAUUACAGGUAUAUGGGCAGCAUCACAACACUUACAUAUAUAUAAACAUUAGAGCUACCUCAAUCAUUCAAUCAGAGGACCACAAAGACUGGUCUGGCUGAUGAGCACCUUGAAUUAACACAAAGCAUAUGUGUCACCUGCCAGAAAAUAGCAUUAAAUACAAAAUGGACACAAAAGCUUUAACAAUGCCAAUAAAUCUAAAGCAACAUCCAUAUAGCCUCAAAACUCUCCAAAGGUCAAAAGACAGAAAAGAACAAGUAAAUUAAGAACAAACAUAUUGAUAUAUCAUGAAUCUUACACUGUUAUCAAACACUGUCUGUGCAACAUCUUUAGUAUGUUUAAUCUCACUCUUUGUGAACGUGCCAUGAUGCAAAAACAGUGGGAUGUUCACACUGACUCCUUCUGGCAUAAUGUCUUGGAUUAGAAAUCCUUCAUCAGCAAGUAUAAGAUCACCUGACUUGAAGACCUCCAGGAUUCCACUCUUAGCCACGAUGUCCUUGUCAGAGACUGAUCCAGUUUGCUGCAGUAUGUUAUCACAGCGUUUGUCACCACACCUUGCAAGAUUUUAAAUGAAUGCAUGCCUCUGUAUGAGGAGUAGGUGUGCUUCUGAAGGUCCAUGGAGGCUGAAGUAGCAAUUUUAACUGCUGUGCAAUGUAUGACCAUCCUGCAGUUGCGAUACAUCUGGAAUGAAGACUGUAAGCUUGACAGAUUUUUCUCCCAACUUGGCACAGUGGUCAUGAUGUCCUUGAACCAUAACUCAUGGAGAACAUGGAUGAAUAUAAGUACUAAAUUUGUCACACAAGUGGAGCUACACUGGAAGAGCUGAGCAAGAUGCAAGUUGGUGUAGUUAUGAAAGAGCUUCAUGAGAGUCAUGAAGAUCUAGUCAUCAAGUGACAGAGAUUAUACCUUCCAGUCAGCAUAAUAAACGAUGGACUCUUUAAAUCGUUUCAUAUAGCCAAAGAAGAUGUUGAAGAUGCUUCUGUCUGGGAGGCCAGUUUCCAUCCUAAGUACCUUUUCAUUUAGGGUUGAACCUCGAGUACCUGAAACCUAGACAUUUGGGGGUCAGCACACUGUCAACAGGCCCACUUUCCUCCAUAGGCAGACUCCCUUCCACAGGCAGAUUGCCCCCUACAGCCAGACUCUUCUCCACGGGCAGAUUGCUCUGCACAGGUGGACUCUUCCCACACAGGAAACCUUAUUGGACCCCUCUCAAGUCCCUCUGUAAAAUGGCAGCUGCACUCUCUAGAACUGUCACUGGGCCUCCUGUCUGCA